AUUCCAAUGGAUACAGAGAAACCAAAGUUGAGUCUGAGACUUCUGAUUGAUAAGAAGAGAAACAAAGUUGUUCUGGCUGAAACUUGUAGGGAUUUUGUUGAUGUACUCUUCAGUUUUCAUACACUGCCAAUGGGCACCAUUGUCAGAUUGCUUGAUAAGCAUCACAAGUUGCAGCCAGUGAGCGUUGGGUGUUUCAACAACCUUUACAAAAGUGUUUCAGACAUGGACGUUCAUGAUUUCGAGACCGAGGAUUGCAAAAGUAUGUUGCUGUAUCCGAGGAGCACCAAGGAGAUCCAUUGUAGGAGGCUGAAGCUAAACAUCGAUGAUACUGAGGCCACAAAGUUCUUCGCAUGUCCAACUUUCUAUAAGGAAAAUUGUAAGCAGUACAGCAAUUUCAACACUUCGAGGUGUAGCUGUGGAGAUUUGAUGACAAGGACGGUUCAUGUUUCAGAAGAAGAGCAAGUUGGAGGGCCGAUAGGAAACGUUGAAGAUGGAGUGUUUGUUAGCUGUCGUUCCUCUUACAUUGUCACUGAUGAUCUGAGAGUGACAUUGAGCUCUCUUGGUGUGAUUGCAAAUGUACUCAAUGGACUUGGAUAUGCAGAUCUUGAUGACUUGCAGGAAAUCCAUCUAGAUGCUGGUUAUGAAGAGGUAUAUUUUUUACUAUGUGCUUACUCUAAUAAUCUAUUUGCUUCGGAAUUUCCGUUAACAAGCACAUUCCUUGGAAAACCUUUCAUGGUAAAAGGGUUUUCUACACAUGCAGUGAAAAGUGAGCAUGUAAAAGUAGGCCAUGAAUGUUAUGCGAAAUUAUUUGUUAGAAAGUGUGACAGGAAAAUUCUUUAUGCAGAGUGCAAUGAAGACUUUGUUGAUUCUCUUCUCACUUUUUUGGUUUUACCUCUUGAGUUGGCAUGGUCAUUAUCUAAUGCUGGUACCGUUUUGGGAUGUGUUGCAAAUUUGUGCCGAAGUGAGUGUAAGAGAGCUUCAGCUUCCACAUCCUGGGAGAUUCCUUAUUAUUAUACUUGCAGUAAACAGAUUCUUGAUAUUCCGCAUCAGCAAGGAGUGGUAUAUGAAUGUUUACGUCAAACUCUUUCGGGUGUUAAUUUGGAAAGGAAGGUUACAAGGCAUACAACAAGAACAAUUAUGAGUAUGAGGCCAAGGGAUCCAAAAGUGAAGUCCAAUACUCCUUCAAUACAUGGUACUGGAUUUGUGAAGAGAGAUACAAAGUUUAUCGUGUCAGACGAUCUGGUUAUUACUCCUAUGAAGUCAGCUUUAACCAUAGUUGUUUAUGAGAGUAAUAUCAACAUCAGUGACCUUGAGGAGCAUGGAAUUAGCAUUUCUAAAGCAGAGCUCAUCAGCAUUCUUAGAGCUUCCUUGAUCUCCCGUUCUGCAUUAACCAAUGGCCUAUCAAGCUUUCUUGCAAAGAAGCAGAAGAAACAGGUAUUCUCUACUGCAAAAACCAAUAUUCCCUAAAUCAUCAGCCAUUGUUUCUUAUGGUUGUUAUAAUCUGCUACA